UCGGUAUAAAAGAACGAAUCGGUGGGUGGCAGUCAGACACUGUUCAAGUUGAUCGCCAUGGCUUCACUCCGAUUGAUUGUAGUAUUUGGCAUUGCGAUGGUCCUGACCAUCGCCACCGCUGAAGAGAAAUACACCGUCGAAAGGCACACGGAUGUGAAGAACACCUGUGCCAAGCUCCUCCGGACUCCGACCGAAGAUCUGGAGCACUAUCUUGCUUCCGAAUAUCCGGAAAAGCAUGACACAUUCUGCUUCGUCCGAUGCCUGUACAUCAUCUACGGAAUCUACGACGACGAACAUGGAGUCGACUUGGGAAAGGCCUUCGAGAUGUUCGGCAAGGGAUUGAGCCUGGACGAGUUUACCGAACAGUCCAAGGUUUGCUUCGACCAUAAGGAAGGUGAAGAGGAGGUCAGCUGCCACUGCAAGAAGGCAGCCCUGCCCCUUUUGUGCCUGCGGAACUGGUAUUUGGAAAAUAACAGGGUCUAAUAAAUCAGGGAGAAAACAAAAUUGUUUUAU